GAACCGGCGGCGGCGUGACGCGGGUGGAACAGACAGAGAGAGACAGACCGACACCGGCUGACCGGAGAACCGAGAGAGAGGGCUGAAUAUGGCGGAUGAUCCAUGCGCGGCAGACAGAAAUGUGGAGAUCUGGAAGAUCAAGAAACUUAUCCGGAGCCUGGAAGCGGCGAGAGGUAAUGGGACCAGCAUGAUCUCUCUCAUCAUUCCUCCUAAAGAUCAGAUCUCCAGGGUGGCAAAGAUGUUGGCGGAUGAGUUUGGUACAGCGUCUAACAUCAAGAGUCGAGUGAACAGACUGUCGGUUCUGGGUGCGAUUACUUCUGUGCAGCAGAGGCUAAAGCUCUACAAUAAAGUUCCACAUAAUGGUCUAGUGGUGUACUGCGGCACCAUAGUAACAGACGAAGGGAAAGAAAAGAAAGUCAACAUUGACUUUGAGCCGUUCAAACCCAUCAACACAUCUCUGUAUCUGUGUGACAACAAGUUCCACACGGAGGCCCUCACUGCGUUAUUAUCGGACGACAGUAAGUUUGGAUUUAUAGUUAUUGAUGGUAGCGGAGCUCUGUUUGGAACGCUGCAAGGCAACACCAGAGAAGUGCUGCACAAGUUUACUGUGGACCUGCCCAAAAAACACGGGAGAGGAGGUCAGUCUGCACUGCGUUUCGCUCGGUUGCGGAUGGAGAAAAGACACAAUUACGUGCGGAAGGUCGCAGAGACGGCCGUCCAGUUCUAUGUGUCCAAUGACAAGGUGAACGUGGCCGGACUGGUGCUGGCCGGAUCGGCAGACUUCAAAACAGAGCUCAGCCAAUCGGACAUGUUUGAUCAGAGGUUACAGACAAAAGUGCUGAAGCUGGUGGACAUCUCGUACGGGGGUGAAAACGGCUUCAAUCAGGCCAUUGAGCUUUCUGCUGAGGUCCUGUCAAAUGUCAAGUUCAUCCAAGAGAAAAAAUUAAUAGGCAGAUAUUUCGAUGAGAUCAGUCAGGACACAGGGAAGUAUUGUUUCGGAGUAGACGACACGCUCAAAGCGCUGGAGAUGGGAGCUGUCGAGAUUCUCAUCGUCUAUGAGAACUUGGAGACGAUGAGAUACGUGUUCAGGAUCCAUGGGGCAGAAUGCAUCGAUGCUGACAACGAUGAGAAAGUCAUUUAUCUGACCCCUGAACAAGAAAAGGACAAAUCUCACUUCAUAGACAAAGAGACGGGGCAGGAGCACGAGCUCAUCGAGUCUAUGCCUCUCCUGGAGUGGUUCGCCAAUUUCUAUAAGAAGUUCGGAGCGACUCUGGAGAUUGUGACCGAUAAAAGUCAAGAGGGCUCACAGUUUGUCAAGGGCUUUGGAGGAAUAGGAGGUAUUUUGCGCUACCGUGUGGACUUUCAGGGCAUGGAUUAUCAGGGAGAUGACGAGUUUUUUGACUUGGAUGACUACUAGGUAGUCGGGACAGAGAAAUCUGUGAAGAUUCAAGCAAAUAUGGAAAGACGAGUCGUUCUUUCUUGCCCGGAGAGAGAAAGAGUGUGUGUGUGUUUUAGUGGAGCCCAGUUACUCACACAUUUUCAGAAGAAAAGUGACUCGUCUGUUAAUUAAGUAAAUGACAGAGAUGUUAAUGAUUAAUGAAUAGGCUCAGCCUCUGAGCAAUCUGAUUGGAUUAGAUCUCGGCCUCUUUUUGUUUAUUCUCCUCCUUGCUUUGAAACCAAGUCACAGAAUGUGUUCUGGAAGUACCCUUAACUGUCUUUGGACUGGCUUCUUUUGAAAUAAGUCUAUUUUUCUGUUCAUUUCCACCCGAAAUUCAUUCCUACUUUUUCUUUUUUAUCAGCAAUUUUUGCUGUUGUAUUUUAUGAAGGUGUGGGAUUUUUUUUAUAAGGGUUUCUUUAACGAAUGGGGGAGAAACAACAAUAAAUUUGAAAUUGCUUAAA